AUGGGUCAGUAUCGACAGCUGAAUAGUGUCAAAAGAGUCGACGUGCCGAUCAACCUCAGACCAGGGGGAAAAGACGCCGGACGCUUCCAAGCGAAGAUUGGGCCCGGCUGGCGCAUGGUUUGGGGACGGAUGGUGCACAGCUUGUUGAGUGAGUCUCUCAUCGACCAGCGCAUGGCAGAGUGGCUGCGGAAGGCUGCGGAGCCGCCCGGAGGGGAGGUCGACCCAGGCAGACUUCGGCAUCACGAGAAGAAAGACCUGCCAGACGACAAGCACAAGGACAAACUGAUCCACUUGUCACGCUUCCCCCAGAUCGUGGCAGAGCGGCUCGCCUUCUUCUUCCAGUCUCUCGAGAGGAUCCAGGAGCCGGGCGAUGGCACACAGGUUGAAGAAACCGACAAGCUUACAUCUCCGGAUUUCGAGCCGGGCACGGUUCCAUCGCUGACGCAGAUCAUCCCCUGCUACCAAGAGAUGGUGAUCCCAACCUCCGACUUCUUGCGGAAGGGUUCAUCCCCGGAGGAUGCCAAGAACCAGAGCCCCAACGACGAGCACGGCAUCGGCGAUUUGACUGCGCCGCCGCUGGGCGAUGGGGUCAACACGAACCUGGCCUUUAUCAUCUCCCAAUUUCCAGAUGAGUGGCUCUUCUUCGCAAAAAGGGUCUACAAGGACGAGCGCGGCAGUUUCCUCGAGCUAUACAAGCUCUUCAUAGAG